CGACAUGGUCACGUUUCUUCGGCUUCUCUUCACCCCGCCCGCCCUAUUAAUCGCCUGUGUACAUGUAAUGUUUAUUUGACCUUUGCUGGCCUCACUCGCACCAGCCUGCCCCGCAACACCGCAUGUCUGGCAAUCACCAUUUGCUGUGGCGUUGAACGCUCCUAACCUUCAUGUCUACCGUCUUUUCUUCCCUCGUGCGGCCGCAAAAGUCCCGCCAAUCCUCAGCCAACCUGGGCACAGCACCCACCGGCCCUCCUCCAAUCGACAGCCAUGGCAUCGACGAACCUGACCUUCGUGACCUCAAUACCGCUCUCCAGGCACUUACGGACAUAUUCCCUGACAUCCAGCCCGAGGUUUUUCGAGAGAUGCUCUCUACUUUUAGCCCAGAGAGCAGGCUACAAGUAAUCACCGAGACACUCCUCAAGCAUGGCAACAAGUAUGUGCGAGGAAGGUACCGGGUGCCAGCCGAGCACGAAGAACAGCGAGAGACGGCACAAAAGUACAGGUACCGCAAGGAAGAUGCACCGAAGGACACGCGUGGUGUACCACUUGCACUUGAGGAUAGGUUCCGGUCGCGCCGGUAUAAGGAAGCUGCCAAGGAGGCUCUCUACCAAGAGUUCAAAGGUUUGAGCCAUUCCACCAUCAAGGCGGUCUUGGCCGAGUACAAUUGGAGUUAUACACAUGCGCGACCGACGCUGCUAGUGCUCUCAAGUAAGAGUUGGAGAUCAAGCAUCACGAACUUCCUCAUGCGACGCAAAGCACCCAAUGCAAACGACCAUCCUCUAGUUAUAUGGACGCCUGCCGACUCGAGGCUGAACCGCCCGCCCAUGCCACUGCUGGUGAAGACGAGGAGCGACGAGCUGAACCAGGAACUCUACAAUGCACUCAUUCUACCCGAACACGAAAAGUAUCGGGAUGCGCAGCUGCGGCAAGAUUUUGAGUUGGCUAUGAAGUGGAAUGAAGAGGAGGCCGAGCAGCAAGGCGAAAUAUAUGACUGCGAGUGCUGCUUUAUACCAAACACUCUGCAGCAAAUGUCGACCUGCGAUAUCGAAGGCCACUACAUAUGCUUCCGCUGCAUACAACAUGCCAUCAAUGCAGCCCUCUACGACCAGGGAUGGGCGCGCAAUAUCAAUACCGAGUUCUGUACUUUGAAGUGCAUAGCGCCAAUGACUGGAGGGUCUGACGAUUGCAAAGGUUGCAUUCCGCUUAGUUUUGUCCGCCGGGCCCUGGAGGAGGAACAAGACGGAAAGGACAACUUUGCCAAACUCAACGAGCGUUUCGCUGCUGACGCACUAACAAGGUCACAGCUACCACUAGUCCAAUGCCCCUUCUGUCCCUACGCUGAAUUAGACGAUCUCGCUCUUCCCAACAGAAGUCUCUUUUCCAACCUACGUUUCAAGCCUCGACCCAUGAUAGUAGCUUCAAUAGCUUCUCUCCCCUUGCUUGAACUAUUAUGCUUCAAAGCCACACAAGCCAUUCUCUUCGCCCUGCUCCUCUUAUACACCAUAGCCGCCAUCACCCUCCGCCUCCCCGUCAUCGCUCCCUUUCAAGCAGCCCUCCGCCGCAUCCACCUCAAGCGCCGGGGGCUCCGCUUCCAAUGCCUAUCACCCACCUGCCAACGGGCCUCAUGCCUCUCCUGCUCGCUCCCAUGGCACGACCCCCACACCUGCUUCUCCUCCCAACUCACCUCGCUCCGCCUCACCCUCGAGCGCGCCACAACAGACGCGGUAAAACGCACCUGCCCCCAAUGCAACCUCGGUUUCGUCAAGUCAGAGGGCUGCAACAAGCUCGUCUGCUUGUGCGGCUACAGCAUGUGCUAUGUUUGUCGCCAGGGGCUCGCUAAUGAGGGCUAUCAGCACUUCUGUGGCCAUUUUCGUGAUAGGCCAGGGCAGCCGUGUGGGGAGUGUAACAAGUGCGAUUUGUAUCGUGUUGAGGAUGAGGAGAGGGUUGUUAAGAGGGCCAAGGAGAGGGCGGAGGCAGAGUGGUGGGAGCAGCAGGGUGAGGGUGCGAAAGAAGGGUUGCAGAAUGAGCUUGGUAAGGAUCAGGGUCUUCAGGGUAAGGGGGUGUUGGGGAUGAAGAGGAGUAGUUGGGAAGCUUGGAUUGAGACUGUAUUGGAUUCUAUACUUGUCUGAUCUGUUUGUUCCUUCAUUUUUUCUUCUCCUUCUUCUUCUUCUUCAUCUUUCUUUUUUCCUCCUCCUUGCUUGAGCGUAUUCUCUCUUUUUUUUCUCUUUAUUCCCUUCUCUCUUGGAAUGAUCUCAAUAUGGAGAUGUGAUACCCACGUUCCCGAAUAACUGACUCUCCUUGCAGCAUGGUCUCUUCUCACUCUUCUCUCUUCCCUGUUUUUUUUUCUUGUUCCAAAAUUUACAUAACUAUAGGUAUCAUAUUUAUUAGACUGAACAUGGGUUAAAGCGGAAAAACUGAGCAGGGGGGAAGCCUGUAUCUAUCUUCUCUACUUUCUCUAUAAAAAAAGAGCAAGAUUACUAUUCUGA